AUGGACAAUAAACAGGACAACCCUUUGCCAACCUUGACAUUCCAGCCUUGCGGAAUCGAUGACCUUCGUGAAGAGGAUGUAGCUGAGUUCCUUGAUCCCCUUCCAGGAAUAGCUUCUGCUUUGAGGGAAGAGGAAAAGGAACAAGGCGGCGCCGGUGCCAAAGAAGAGCAAGAGACGCUUGCAGCUGUAUACCGAGACGAACCCGCCGCCCUUAAAACCCUUAGGCGCGCCUCGCUGGUGAUGCUCCAUGGCUUGAAGGAGACGAGUGAAGUUUGCUCGGAGGCCAGUCCAUUCUUGUACACAGAGACCUGGUACUGUCAUUGCGCCGGCAAGCCCGAGAUCAAGAAGAAGGCUGAGGGUAAAAAGCGUCGCCAGGUUUUUAAGUCUUCCAGGCACAUGGGAUGCCUCGCUCGUGUCUAUGUCCACAAGUUCAAGGACGAUCAUCCCCCAGCUCCUGGCUACCCUGUUAUCAAUUCGAGCAAGCGUGUUCGUUUGACAUAUUAUGGCCGCCAUACAGGCCACGUCUUAGGCGAGCUUGAGGGAUUUCAGCACCUGCGUAUUAGCAAGCCACUCCGAGAGGAAAUCCUAAGCUACAUCAAGCUGGGCUUGGGAAUACGAGCCAUCAAGGACAAACUUACCCUCCAUUCCGAUGUUCUCUAA